CGCGCUCAUCGCACGCAGUGCUGAGCGCCAGACAUCAGUAUGUGAUCUAUCAGUGAAUCGUUUCCAGCUGGAAUCGAGCGGACUCGAACCUGGUGUUGUAGGAGCGAUUGAAAGAAGACUCGCAGAGUGUGUGCGCUAGAGUGCUGGCUAUAAUAGAGAUUUCACGCAAGCGGCGCGAUUGCACGGAAAAUGAGCAGUACCGAUGGGACUAUGUUACCAAGCAGCUCUGUAUUCGCGGAGUUUGGGUAGUGUGUUGUGCCAGUCGGUCACACACCGGAGAGACAGCCACACUCCGACGGGCUUUUCGAGUUUACUCCUUAACACAAAGGACUGGAUUUUGCGUUUUGAUGUUUCUUCACCAGUUCAAAUCAAUACAAGGAUUCUACGGCAAGCGCUGUUUCCCAGAUACAAUUGAAAAUACAUCGGACUAGAAAAUAUAUACAAGCGCAUUAUUGUCGGUGUCAUUUGUGAUUGCAAGAUAAAGACUUCAGUGAACCGUCUACACUUGAUUUGAUUUUAGAAAUAUGGAUGUCCUUGUGAUGCACCUUCGAUGAGGAUUUUAAAGCAGAAUGCCAGUAUUAGAUCACUAUUCUCGGGACAUUUGACAACAAAGUGGAAUUAUGUUUCCUGGAGACGAAAUGGUCCCGCAGAACGCGUGCAGUAUUUCACUUUUCGCGGUGCUGUCAUCAAAUUUCCGUUGAAAUUUGAGUGCGAGGUAUUUUUGAACUUUUACAUAAGGGGAGUACUUUUAAAUCGGUGUUCUCGGUGCCAAUCAUAUUUUCCCCGCAGGUUCGGAUGCGCAAGUAGGGUAUUUCACGGGUUAUUAUAAGGAAAGUGAUACUGUGAAGAAACCUUUCCCCGUGCAUCCUAAAGCAUUUCGUCAUAGUCAGUUUGAGAGAAAACAGAAGAAAAACAUGGAACAAUUUGUUUUCUGAACUGGAUGAACUUUAUUGGUGAGUUUUACAUUUUCUCACCCCAAAUGGAUAUUUAACUAUCCCAGCUCUCAGCCACAAAGAUCGAUAUUGUCGCUAACAUUUUAUUUAUCCAAUUACAUUUUUGUAUUUUUUAUAUAUUAUCAUCGCCCUAUUUUUCUUUGUUGGGUCGGCUGAAAAAUAGAACCGAGGAAGACGGCAGACUCUGCCGUGGAGCCAGGCAAGCUGGCUGUCAUGCGGGAUUGAUCGCGGGAAGUAUGUUUGGGCUGGAACAGUUCGGUCCCCAGAUUAAUAGCAGAAACGCCGGCCACGCUGAAAAAACCUUAAACCAGCCAAGAGUAAGCAUGAGCUCUCAUUACAAGAGCCCAGGUUUUCACUCCGGAGGCCCGCCAGGGACGGUUGAGCCUGGUAUGGGCCCCCUUAACGAGCCUCCUAUGCUUGCGCUCAACAUGAACAUGAAUGGAGGAGAGCAAUACAGCGGCUUCCACCCGCGAGGGCACGCGGACAUGCAUGGAGGAGGACUCCAGCAGCAACCCCAGCAACAGCAGACACCCAUGCAUGGGUUUUUUAACAACCAGCAACCUCAUAACCAUCCCCACAGCCACCAGGCUCAUCCUCACCAACAUCAUCCACACUUUGGGGGAAACUUUGGGGACCCUGGUCCUGGAUCCUCCUGUUUACAUGGAGGUAGGAUAAUGGGUUAUGGGAGUGGUAUGGGGCCUCAGCAGGGAUUCACAGAAGGCUUUGACCCCCUCUCCGAGAGCCAGUCGGGGGAUGGAUUUUCUCAGCAGCCGCCACAGCAACAGCAGAGGCCAGGCUCCAUGCCUGACUUUCAACACCAUGGACCGUCGAGUGGAAAUCACCCCGUCCCUGCCCCAUGCCUCCCCCUGGACCAGUCACCAAAUCGGGCUGCCUCCUUUCACGGCCUUUCUUCCUCAUCAUCAUCUGAGAGUCACAACUUGGAGUCCAGACGCAUGCCCCCCCAGGGUGGUGGAGUGGAAGGCUUGGACUACACCUAUCCUAGUGAGCCACCCUCUGGACAUUUUGAUGUAUCUGUGUUUUCCCCUUCUGAGCCAGACUCUCAGCUCCCCCAUUUUGGGGCCGGGAGGCAAGUGCCAGGGGCCAGUUUUCCUGGAAACCCAGGCCUGUCGCGGGCUCCAGGAAUGCAGGGCAUCUCUAAAGGCCACCCCCAGGCCCCUCUACAGCAGCAGCCCCCAUCCCAGCACAGUGUGUUCUUUGAGCGCUUUGGGGGUGGGCGCAAAAUGCCAGUGGGGAUGGAGCCUGGUGCCAGGCAUCCCCUCAUGCAGCAGCAGCAGACGGGGUUGAUGGGCCGACAAAACUGUCCGCCUUCCCUCCCACGGCCCCCACAACCCGAGGCUGGCUCCGCCAAUGCCGGCAUGCAGGAGGGCGCCGUCAUGAUGCCUGGCCAGCAUAACCAGUUUGAAUACCCAAUUCACAGACUGGAGAACAGAGGGAUGCAUCCCUACGGGGACCCCAUGUUCAAUAUGCAACAGCAACCUCCCCCUCCCCAGCAGACUCCCAGUCAAAGGCUACAGCACUUUGACUCCCCUUAUUUGAAUGUGGCCAAGAGGCCCAGGUUUGAUUUCCCCAAUGCCCACGGAGGGGAGGGAUGUGGAUCCUGGAACAGCAGCAUGCACAACCCACCUGGCAUGGAGAACCAUAUCUCCCCAUCUGCCUAUCCUGGACUGCCUGGAGAAUUCACUCCUCCUGUGACUGAUGGUUUCCCACCAGGCCCACCGCUGCAGCACGCAGGGCCAGAGCAGCAGUCGUUGCAGCAACGGCAAAACGCAGCCAUGAUGAUCAAGCAGAUGGCCUCUCGGAGCCAGCAGCAGAGAAUGAGACAGCCCAACCUGCAGCAGCUUGGCCACCACGGAGACGUUCCUCAAGGCCCCAUGGUGCACACAGGCCCUGUGGGCGGCAUGCCUCAACCUGGCUUUGAGCGAGAUGGUGGCGGGAGGAUGGUGAACUUCGAUGGUCAGAACCCCCACAUGGCUCCUGACGGUGGCUGGUUUUCUGGGCCCCACCCACCAGGGGAGAUGCUGGGCAGGCGCAUGGGUGGCCCAGGUGGAGAAACAGGGGCUCAUGAUAUGCAGCAGAAUGGUGCUGCCAUGAUGUUCAGACCAGGUGUAAAUGGCCUGGGUAUGCAGGAGUCUAUGAGAAUACCUGGAGAGGGUCAUGUGCAGCCUUUACACUCACCUAGCAUCCACCCCCAGUUUGGCAGCAGCAUGGGAAACCUAGCCCAGAUGCAGUCUCCUGGGGCAGGUGUAGGGCUGCCCAACACACCAUCAGAAAGGCGACCAAAUGACUUUUCAGGGCCACCUAUGGGUGCUCAGCCCUCCUUCCCUUUUGGAGGUUCCAAUCGGCAGGGGGCGCCACACAAUAAUGGCCAGGGGGUAAGCACAUCUCCAGGGGGUUUUGCCUCCCAGGCAGAGUUUCCAGCUGGCCAGCGCCCCUCGGUCAGCAAACUGGGGGCUCUCUCCUUGGGGAGCUUUAAUAAAACGAGCAGCAAGGACAGUGUUUUCGGACAGAGCUGCCUGGCAGCUCUCUCCACUGCCUGCCAGAACAUGAUCGCCAGCCUGGGGGCCCCUAACCUCAAUGUGACAUUCAACAAAAAGAGCCAGGGUGAAGGGAAGAGAAAGCUGAGUCAAACAGAGCAGGAUGUGAAUAACAGCACAGCCAACGGGACCGGUGGGGCCGGGCCAGAAUAUUUCCCAGGCGGAGCAACCCAGCAGAGCACCCAGAUGACUGGCCCCGGGAAUAGCAACACUAAACCGGCAGGUCCGAACCAAACGGUGCAGGGGGAAGCCAGUGCCCUCUCCCCAAGUUACAACAUGGACGCUACCCCGUGCAGUGAGGGUAAAGCGGCAACAGGGAGUGGGAGAGGGAGAGGGAGGAGGAAAAGAGACAGUGGCCACGUAAGCCCUGGGAUUUUUUUCCCCUCUGACAAUGGGAACCCUGUUGUGAGUCCUGGCCAGCAGUCCGCACCAACAGCUGGCACUGCAGAGCGGGGCACGGGCACACCGCACGAGAAGCCCCUCACGUCGCCCUCCUGGGGGAAGGGGAGCGACCUGGUGCUGGGCGAUCAAGCUGACCUGAUGUCGUCCCUGGACAGCGGCAUCCAGAGCGUGUCCAAGUCAGCCGACUGCUCGCCCCAUGUUGACUUCCCUGAUGACAUAGGCCCCCACUAUGGCAAUGAGGACGAGGUGUCGUCCAGCUCCGAUGCGGCAGCUUCGGCGAAGGCUGGCCGCAGCCCACAUCUGGGUGGCUCACCCAAGAUGCAGAGGGCAGAAAAUGGGCUGAUGGGUGGGCAGAAAGGGCAGGGCAUGGGCCUCGCCAAUCACACUACCUCAACCCCAGAGGGCUACGGAGGAGUAGGCCACCCAGGUACUCCGGGCAUGGAGCAGGUCCGCACGCCCUCCAGCACCUCUGGUCAGGAUGAGAUCCACCCACUGGAGAUACUCCAGGCACAGAUCCAGCUUCAGAGGCAGCAGUUCAGCAUCUCUGAGGACCAGCCUCUGGCCAUAAAGAACGGCAAGAAAGGCAGUGACUGCAACGGACAGAGUGGGGACGGCGAGCUCCCCAGUUGCAGCCCGGAUGCUGGAAAGGGCUCCAUGGGGACGAUUGACCUGGACACACUCAUGGCAGAACAGCAUGCCACCUGGUAUGUGCCCAGUGACAAGAGCCUUCUCGAGAGUUCAGAAGAGGACAAAUCACUGGCUGCAUGGGAAAAGACUAAGGGACAGGGCACUGUCAAAGAAGACGUGGACAUCUCUCAGAGUAAGGGUGGAGCGGGAGGAGUAGCCCCAGGCCCGGGGGGCACGGGCCCCCACCUACAGUGUCUCUCCGUCCACUGUACAGAUGAGCUGGGGGAGCCGAAGGGGCGUGGCGGGACAGUGCCAUCCUGGCGCUCUCUGCACUCAGACAUCUCCAACCGCUUCGGGACCUUUGUAGCGGCGCUGACUUGAACGCUGUGAAAUGCAGCACGAACGGUCAUCGACAACGAGGCGGGCAGACGUAGGGCUGAGGAUGAGGAGGGUUGACGAAAGGUUUGGAUUUUGGACCUUUUUGUGUUUCAUGUGAGAAGAGAGGACAAAUUUCGAUUGUGGACACAUGAUGAACAUGAUAUGCACAUAGACAUAUAUACACAGACAUCCACACACGUGUGUACACACACACACACACACACACACACACACACACACACACACACACACACACACACCUAUACACGAAACCCUGUAUCCGUGGACAGGACAAUAGCGCAAGGCUGCAUAGUUGAGUUCACCACAGAAAAACCUCAAACUUAUUUUCUCCUUUUUUUUGUCAGGAACUUUUAUUUCUGGUUUUCUUUAAAUUUGUAGAAAACAGAUAAAUAUGAAAACAUAAGAAAUGUCAUGUCAGCGGUGGUAAAAGAGAACAGAAGGAGACCUAAAUGAUGUGCCCAGCUGUGUUGGUAUACCAGUAUUAACGUGUCAUUUUAUUUUGUCAUUUCCCUAAUGACUGUUCCUUUAGGACUGUAUGGUUGUCAGCAUGAAUGUGAUCUGGGGUUUUUCCCUGGCCUGGCAAGUCCAAGCUAUACCUCCCCAGCCAGAGGGCAGGUAAUCCUAUUGUCAUUAGGCAGCAUAAGAGAGCUCCUUUGAAAUUUUGUCUCUGUGAGCCACCGUAGUCCUUCUGACCCAGGAGGCCAGGAGGCUGCCUCCUGGGAUUUUGGGAACAGAGAAAAGUAGAAAGAGAUGGGGGUAAGUCCGCUUAGAUGGUGUUUUGGAGAGGCUCAGAAUGAUGUUCUAACAUCUAUGAAGCCCCCCUCCUGCAACAUACACAUAGUCCAACCCAUCCUACAAAGAACGUCUGCUCAAGCUCUUUCUUCUUCCUAGUUUUCACAGCUUUCUGUGUUUCUGUGCUUCAGCGAUAUUUUUGUAAAUUCUGCUUUCUUAACGCUUGUCGGUCUAGUUCAUAGUUUUCUUCUAAAUGUCCAAAUCAGAUUUUCUUGUCUAAAAUCGUGUGUUAACAUGCUUCAAUACUGGUGUACCAGACAAAAUGGGAAUACACAGUAACAUCUUGUGAUGCAAAGCAAAUGAACAAAAAA